AUGAAGCCCAGUAAGCAGCGCGGUAACAAGAAAGGUCUCAAGUGGCACCCAGAGGUGCGUGAUGGGAAAAGUUUCACCGGGAGCAAUCGCCGCAAUACGCCCUUUCAACCCUUGGUGCCCAUUGCAGAGUCUGAGGCGAGGUUGUCAGAAGCAAGAACCUCGGAUGGCAGAAUGUCACGCAGUAUGUUGGAAGACCCCCGGAUGUCAGAGGCACGGAUUUCCGAUGGAAGGAUGUCAGCAGCAGACCCGCGGAUGUCAGAAGCAAGGAUGUCCGAUGGAAGGAUGUCAGCAGCAGACCCCCGGAUGUCAGAGGCACGGAUGUCCGAUGGAAGGAUGUCAGCAGCAGACCCCCGGAUGUCAGAAGCAAGGAUGUCCGAUGGAAGGAUGUCAGCAGCAGACCCCAGGAUGUCAGAAGCAAGGAUGUCUGAUGGAAGGAUGUCAGCAGCAAACCCCCAGAUGUCAGAGGCAAGGAUGUCCAAUGGAAGGACAUCAGCAGCAGACCCCCGGAUGUCAGAAGCAAGGAUGUCUGAUGGCAGAAUGUCAGCAAGGAUGUCAGGAGCAGACCCCCGGAUGUCUGAAGCAAGGAUGUCCGAUGGAAGGAUGUCAGCAGCAGACCCCCGGAUGUCAGAAGCAAGGAUGUCCGAUGGAAGGAUGUCAGCAGCAGACCCCCGGAUGUCAGAAGCAAGGAUGUCCGGUGGAAGGAUGUCGGCAGCAGACCCCCGGAUGUCAGAAGCACGGAUGUCCGAUGGAAGGAUGUCGGCAGCAGACCCCCGGAUGUCAGAUGGCAGAAUGUCAGCAAGGAUGUCAGCAGCAGACCCGCGGAUGUCAGAAGCCACGAUGUCCGAUGGCAGCAUGUCGCGUAGCAUGUUGGAAGACCCCCCGAUGUCAGAAGCAAGGAUGUCCGAUGGAAGGGUGUCAGCAGCAGACCCCAGGAUGUCAGAAGCAAGGAUGUCUGAUGGCAGAAUGUCAGCAAGGAUGUCAGGAGCAGACCCCCGGAUGUCUGAAGCAAGGAUGUCUGAUGGCAGAAUGUCAGCAAGGGUGUCAGCUGCAGACUCGCGGAUGUCUGAAGCAAGGAUGUCCGAUGGCAGAAUGUCAGCAGCAGACCCCCGGAUGUCAGAAGCAAGGAUGUCCGAUGGAAGGAUGUCAGCAGCAGACCCCCGGAUGUCAGAAGCAAGGAUGUCUGAUGGCAGAAUGUCAGCAAGGAUGUCCGGAGCAGACCCCCGGAUGUCUGAAGCAAGGAUGUCCGAUGGAAGGAUGUCAGCAGCAGACCCCGGAUGUCAGAAGCAAGGAUGUCCGAUGGAAGGAUGUCGGCAGCAGACCCGCGGAUGUCAGAAGCAAGGAUGUCCGAUGGAAGGAUGUCAGCAAGGAUUUCAGGAGCAGACCCCCGGAUGUCUGAAGCAAGGAUGUCCGAUGGAAGGAUGUCAGCAGCAGACCCCCGGAUGUCAGAAGCAAGGAUGUCCGAUGGAAGGAUGUCGGCAGCAGACCCGCGGAUGUCAGAAGCAAGGAUGUCCGAUGGAAGGAUGUCAGCAAGGAUGUCUGAAGACCGGUGGGCGUUCAACAGUGAGGAUGCAACAAGAUCCCUCUGAAGCCUCAGAUACCCCCAGCAGUGAUGCAGCAAGGCAGUCAGUGGGUGCAUCCUUGAACCACGUGGGCAAACUCUCCCUUGAAGCCCAAUCUGGUAGCCUCUUCGGCACUCUUCCUCGCUCCAGUGUCCGCAGCAUGCAGGUGGCAUCCUCUGAGUCGGACAGCGGAUCCGGAUCUAUCGGAUCGCCAGGUGUGACUACAGUGACCCCAAUGGCGACCAUUGCGGAAGAUCGUGGCACGGAACUCAGUUCCAAAUCUGCAAGAAACAGCAUGAAGAGCAGAGCCUCCAGAUUGGGCCGAAGAACUUCGGAUACUCUGCCACUUCCGGGGGCCAGGGCUGUGUGUCGUUUUACCCAUCCAAAGUCCGUGGACUUUUGCGGCUUGGAGCUGAUGGCGUGUCAGUGCCAGGCGGAACCUUUGGCGGGCAGAGAUCGAAGUGCGCUGCUGGUGCUGCUGGAACAAGCUGCCAAGUCAGUGGAAGCUGCGCGACAGAUGAAAGGGGAUGCGAGUGCCAUGCCACGGAUAUUGGCACAAUUGAGUUCGGAGUUAACUCUGCACGGAAGGGAGUUGAGAGUUGGAAGAUUGCAGACCGUUGGAGUGGAACCAGUGGCAUUGGCAGUCCUAUCACAACUCAUUGAAGUUUUGGAUACCUUGGUGCCGAAAGCCAACGAGAGCCAUGAGAAUUCCUUGGUUCUGGGGCACGAUGGAAGUAUGGGAGGUGAGGCCAAACCGCCCUACACGGAAUCCUUGUUGGAAUCGCUGCGUCAAGCCUUUGGUCCUCACGGUUUUCUACCCGAAGUCGUGGAAUGUCUCCAUUCACAGCCGCAGCUACCAGCUGCAGCGGCUGAGCAGCUGAAAAUCCAGUGCCUGCUGUCGCUACGUCUGGCAGCUGCUUGGGAGACCCCCAGCAGCGUGCAGAAGCCCAUGGAGCUGGUGAUUCAACAGAAAGGAUGUGAGGUGUUGAUACAGCAGCUUGAAGAGUUGAUCUGCAGAUUGAAGAAGGGCGAUGGCAGCACCACUGUCAUAGCACAGCUGGGCUUGGCGUUGGAGAUACAGCAGUUGCUGCUGUGCUCGGAUUUGGGGCUUGAGCAGCUCUGUGACACCUUCACGAAAGCAAGAUCCGGGGCGACACGUCGCGAAACUCCUUUAGCCACCAUUGCACUUGAAACCUUGGAAAUUCUGGCGCAACAGAAUUGGCAGGCAUCCCCGGUUGCGAUCAGCACAGUUCUGCCAGCAGCUGUAAACAUCCUGGCAUUGCUGUUGAACGCCACCCCUGUGGCUCUAACUGCAUCAACGGACCAAGUGGUACGAGCGCUCUGUGAGCUCAUCUCACACGAGACGAUGACUCCGCGGUUCAUAUCUGCGAUGCUUCGACUGGUACGAUCACCUCCCAAGCCCCGCAUUUGGCUGGGAAGCGUUAGCAAUGCUGUGCAGAUCAGGAAGAAGCUACGUCAAGGCCUCAUCAGGAAUAAGGUGCCGAGCAUGGUGGCUAUUGCAGCCAAGGAAAAGUUGGCAGCUUUGCUGCAGCAGUAUGGUGAUGCCUUGUUACGUUUGGAUGAUGCUGGGCCAGUGAGCAAGGCCGUGGAGAAACGAGCCUCGCAAGUCAUUGCUGCCGGCUCGUACUACGACACGGUGGAGGCCUUUGUUUCGGAGGUUUACGGCAACCUUGGCCCUGUGGAAGAAGAAAUGGCGGAUUUCAGGAGUGCGGUGGAAGAUUUGGAUGAUGAUAUCUCUCGCGCUGAAAGGAGAAGGUCUUCGACCCUGGUGAGUGCUUUGAGCACCAUGCGUCAAGCCAUCUUUGAGAAUUGUCUCAUGCCACAGACCAGGAGGAGGAGUUCGCGAGGUCUGUGA